AUGGCGCCUCGGAAAACAUCCGAUUUCAGCAUGAUGUCCAUCCUUGCUGAUGAGUACGACCCGAAAGUCGUCCUCGAGAGCCAAGAACUCUGGGAGAGUUUCCACAACCUCGGCACAGAGAUGAUUAUCACCAAAUCCGGACGGCGAAUGUUCCCUCCGUUCAAAGUCCGUAUGACGGGUCUCGAGCCGAAGGCGAAGUACGUCAUGCUGAUGGAUGUCGUUGCUGCCGACGACUGCCGCUACAAAUUCCAAAACCGACGAUGGGUCGUCGCAGGCAAAGCAGAUCCCGAGAUGCCCAAACGAAUGUAUAUCCAUCCUGAUUCGCCGGCGACCGGAGAGCAAUGGAUGCAGAAAGUGGUCUCCUUUCACAAACUCAAGCUCACCAACAAUAUCACCGACAAGCACGGAUUCCAAACCAUCUUGAACUCGAUGCACAAGUACCAACCGCGCUUCCAUCUGGUGAAAACUUGUGAUCUCGCCAAAGUUCCCUACUCCAACUUCAAAACAUUCGUUUUCCCUGAAACGGAAUUCAUCGCCGUCACCGCCUACCAGAACGAAAAGAUCACCCAAUUGAAGAUCGACAACAAUCCCUUCGCGAAGGGUUUUCGGGAAACCGGAGCUGCUCGUAAGGAUAAACGAAAAUACGCACUUCCGCCUGCGUCAAAAUCAGGAGUUCUGCAGGCGCUCCAGGCGGGCGGGCCGGUACCGACCCGGUUGAGCGGCACGGAUGACGACUCCGAACCCGAAGAUUCGAUGGCGUUGAGCGCCGGAAGUCCUGGAGUCGGUCUCGGCCUGCCGUCCUCUCCGUGCUCGCCUUCGUCACCACCCGUGCCUCCGAUAGCCGCCGACUACCUGCUCCAACAGCAGCUGGCGCAGUACCGCCAAUUCCACGACAUGCUCCUACUCGCACAAUCUCAUUUGACUACACCUGCACAGCUGGACCCGCAACUCGCGAUGCGUAAUCUGUUGUUAUCGCAUCUGUCGGGACGGUAUAACCCGUACGGACGACCUCCUUCGGCCGGCGAGCGCUGA